AAGAGAGAGAUAAUGUCAAGACAUUCAAAGAAUAAGACAUCAUCUGGAAGAUUUACAUACUCUGAAAGACAAGAGUUGGGAUAUGGAACAAAGGUUGAGAGACUUGGCAAAGACUCAUUAAAGGCAUUCGAUUCUUGUUGUAUAUGUUUGAACUCUUUGAUAUCUCCACUGAGUUGUACAAAGGGACAUCUCUAUUGUAAAGAAUGUAUAUAUACUUCAUUGGUGAUGCAGAAGAAACAGAUAAAGGAGAAGGAAAAGGAAUGGUUACAACAAUUGGAGAAGAAUAAGCAAUUGGAUGAGACAAAGAGAUUGAAACAGGUAGAGGAUGAGUUAAAGGUGUUUGAAUCAAACAAUGUCACCUAUCUAGACAAUACAAACGGAGGAGCAUCAAGCAGCAACAGUAAUGGUGUCAAGGAGAUGGAGCCAAAGCUUAAUAGUUUCUGGGUUGUAUCACCUCAAUCAAAGGAGAGUGAGAAGAAUAAGCCAGAUAAUCAUACAAUGUGCCCAGAGGGUGGACAUCAGAUACGAAUGAAGCAGUUGAUAGCGGUCAAGUUUAAACAGGCGACUGGAGAGGAUAGUGUUGCAUUGUCUACGUCGGUGCAGGCAAAGUACUGUUGUCCAAUAUGCGAUAAGAUAUUGACGAAUAGUCAUUCACUCAAACUGCUGAAGCGAUGUGGACAUGUCUUUUGCGAGUCAUGUAUCAAACGAACGAUGGAAGGCGACAAUAAGAAGAAGGACGAGAAGCAAGUUGUUGGCUCAUGCUUUGUCUGUGCCAAAGAGUUUGAAUCACACGAAGCCAUCUCAUUGCAACGAGGAGGCACAGGUUUCUCAGGUCUUGGACAGACUCUUGAAGCAAAGAAAUAUACACCAACAGCUAUAAUAUGA